AUUAGCAGUGUGAGAACAGACUAAUACAGACUACAAGGGUGGGAAAUCCAUUCUUUUGGGCCAAGUAAUCUUACUUUUUUUCUGAUGUUCAGUGGAUAGGCUGAUGUCAAACUUCAAAUAGUGAAUUAUCAUAAAGGAAGAAGAGCAGAGGGUGGUGCUGGGGGUAAGAUAUGCAGCACAAAGGCUAUGUGGGUCUGAUUUCCCAGACUUCAGGCUCUGAAUGACACCUACCCAGGCUUGACUGGGAAGCUCCUAUGUCUUAGCCCCUGAAUUAAUCAGAGUGAUUCCUGCCUGGGAACGAAAAGCAGACAUUCUCUAUCAGGGUCCCUUAUUCUUUUCUGAGUACUGGCCCCCCUGAGAGUACAGUAGAAGCUACGAAUCUUCCCCCUACAAAAAAGCACUCAUGUACCUUCAAACAAAAUUGUUCUCAGUUUCCGUGAUGCUCUUAGAUAAAAAAAAUUUACAAGACCUCCGGUUUCUGGUUUCUGGGGCCCCACACAAGUGUGCUGGGUGGAGAGAAAAUCUCAGUGGUUUUUUUUUUUUUUUCUCUAACCCUGUUUGGUAAGUUCCGUUUUUAGCCCCGGCCUCUUUCUAGCCAGGCUCUCAACUGUCUCCUGCGUUGCUGGGAAGUUCUGGAAGGAAGCAUGUGCUCCAGAGGUUGGGAUUCGUGUCUGGCUCUGGAAUUGCUACUGCUGCCUCUGUCACUCCUGGUGACCAGCAUUCAAGGUCACUUGGUACAUAUGACCGUGGUGUCCGGCAGCAACGUGACUCUGAACAUCUCUGAGAGCCUGCCUGAGAACUACAAACAACUAACCUGGUUUUAUACUUUCGACCAGAAGAUUGUAGAAUGGGAUUCCAGAAAAUCUAAGUACUUUGAAUCCAAAUUUAAAGGCAGGGUCAGACUUGAUCCUCAAAGUGGUGCACUGUACAUCUCUAAGGUCCAGAAAGAGGACAACAGCAUCUACAUCAUGAGGGUGUUGAAAAAGACUGGGAAUGAGCAAGAAUGGAAGAUCAAGCUGCAAGUGCUUGACCCUGUACCCAAGCCUGUCAUCAAAAUUGAGAAGAUAGAAGACAUGGAUGACAACUGUUAUCUGAAACUGUCAUGUGUGAUACCUGGCAAGUCUGUAAACUACACCUGGUAUGGGGACAAAAGGCCCUUCCCAAAGGAGCUCCAGAACAGUGUGCUUGAAACCACCCUUAUGCCACAUAAUUACUCCAGGUGUUAUACUUGCCAAGUCAGCAAUUCUGUGAGCAGCAAGAAUGGCACGGUCUGCCUCAGUCCACCCUGUACCCUGGCCCGGUCCUUUGGAGUAGAAUGGAUUGCAAGUUGGCUAGUGGUCACGGUGCCCACCAUUCUUGGCCUGUUACUUACCUGAGAUGAGCUCUUUUAGCUCAAGCGAAACUUCGAGGCCAGAAGAUCUUGCCUGUUGGUGAUCAUGCUCCUCACCAGGACAGAGACUGUAUAGGCUGACCAGAAGCAUGCUGCUGAAUUAUCAACGAGGAUUUUCAAGUUAACUUUUAAAUACUGGUUAUUAUCUAAUUUUAUAUCCCUUUGUUGUUUUCUAGUACACAGAGAUAUAGAGAUACGCAUGCUUUUUUCCCACCAAAAAUUGUGACAACAUUAUGUGAAUGUUUUAUUAUUUUUUAAAAUAAACAUUUGAUAUAAUUGUCAAUUAACUGAA